AUGGACCCACCCAGUGAAAGCCUGCACAGAAACAAGAGGCAGCUACUUUUUCCCAACAGUACUCUUCUACAGUUCAACGCCGGCAUCGGUUUUCCAAGUACAACAAAAAAUGUCAACGUGAACUACGCUUUCCAAGCCAACUUCCAACUGCCAUGGAAUAGAACCCAGAUUCCUUUUGAUAUUCUGGAGGCGAACUCUGGUUACGUAGGAACCGCUAGAAAGAAGAGAGAGUUGGGGAUCAAAGACGAAACAUCUUAUAAAGAUGAUGCCAAGCUAUUUCAUUUUUAUAAACUCGUUGAAGGAGUGUUAAACAGUUCCGGAUACAGUGGCCACUCUUGCGUACUACAAACACUUUGUCAACUUGGUGCUGAACCUUUACACUCCGAAGAUGAAGAGGAUCUAUUACAUGAAAUGGCCUCUUUUGUACUGAAUCCAAUGAACGAUGCUUCACACACCAUCACGGAAGAAGAAGAGGUGUAUUCCUACAUAAAAGCCUACAAGGACGGACAGAACCACAAACCUUGUACCAAGUUAUAUGAUACAUGUUCAAUAUCUCUCAUAGACCUCUUCACCAGAAUACACGAUACCUCAUAA